AUGGCGGUCACGGAUGCGCAAAACCCUCUCCUUGGAGAAACAACUUGUGGCACUUUAUUGCAAAAGCUCCAGGAAAUCUGGGAUGAGGUUGGUGAAACUGAUGAGGAACGGGACAAGAUGCUUAUUCAAAUAGAACAGGAGUGCUUGGACGUGUAUAAGAAGAAAGUUGAGCAGGCUGCGAAGUCAAGGGUACAGCUUCUUGAGGCCUUGUCAGACGCCAAAAUAGAACUUGCUUGUCUUCUAUCAGCUCUUGGAGAAAAAAGUUUUGCAGGAAUUCCUGAGAAGACUUCAGGAACAAUCAAGGAACAACUUGCAGCUAUAGCACCAGUACUUGAACAUCUGUGGGAACAGAAAGCAGAGAGAGUAAAGGAGUUUUCUGAUGUACAGUCACAGAUUCAAAAAAUAUGUGGUGAAAUUUCUGGGAACUUAAAUAUCAAUGACACUCCUGCAGUUGAUGAAGCUGACUUAUCCCUAAAGAAGUUAGAUGAAUAUCAUGCUCAACUUAAAGAGCUUCAAAAGGAAAAGAGUGAUAGGUUGCACAAGGUCCUCGAGCUUGUGAGCAGUGUGCAUGAUCUCUGUGCUGUCCUUGGGAUGGACUUCUUCAGUACAGUAACUGAUGUUCAUCCAAGCUUAAAUGACUCAACUGCUGUGCAAUCAAAAAGCAUCAGCAAAGAUACAUUAGCAACACUUGAUAAAACAGUCUUAGUGUUAAAAGAAGAUAAGAAGCAAAGGCUUCAUAAGCUUCAAGAGCUGGCAAAUCAGCUUAUUGACCUGUGGAAUCUGAUGGAUACUCCAAUGGAAGAAAGGAAAUUGUUUGACCAUGUUACCUGUAACAUGUCAGCUUCCGUUGAUGAAGUGGCUAUCCCGGGAGCUCUGGCUCUGGAUCUGAUUGAGCAGGCUGAGGUUGAAGUUGAAAGACUUGAUCAGUUAAAAGCCAGCCGGAUGAAAGAAAUUGCCUUCAAAAAGCAAGGAGAGCUUGAAGAGAUAUAUGCACGAGCUCAUAUAGAGAUAGAUCCAGAGGCUGCUCGAGAAAAGAUUAUGGCACUCAUUGAUUCUGGGAAUGUUGAGCCUGCUGAGUUACUGGCUGACAUGGACAAUCAGAUAUCAAGAGCCAAAGAAGAGGCUCUAAGCAGAAAAGAAAUUUUGGAUAAGGUUGAGAAAUGGAUGUCAGCAUGUGAGGAAGAGAGUUGGCUAGAAGACUACAAUCGGGAUGAGAACAGGUAUAAUGCGAGCAGAGGUGCACAUUUGAAUCUCAAGCGUGCAGAAAAAGCUCGGAUUCUGGUUAAUAAAAUUCCAGGUAUGUGUAGAAUCAGGAAACCACGGACCUUGGUUGACACCUUGGUUGCCAAAACACGGGCAUGGGAAGAAGAUCGUGGCAUACAGUUUGCAUAUGAUGGUGUGCCUCUCCUUGCCAUGCUAGAUGAAUAUGCCAUGCUCAGGCAGGAAAGAGAAGAAGAGAAACGGAGGAUGAGGGAUCAGAAGAAGUUUCAUGAGCAGCAAAACACAGAACAAGAAGCCAUUUUUGGUUCAAGACCUAGUCCUGCUCGUCCAGUUGGUACGAAGAAGGUGGUUGGUCCCCGUGCAAAUGGAGGUGGUAAUGGAACUCCCAGCAGGCGGCUAUCUCUAAAUGCUCAUCAAAAUGGGAGUAGGUCUGCAACUAAAGAUGGAAAGAGGGAUAAUAGGCUAUCUGCCCCUGUUAACUAUGUUGCCAUAUCCAAAGAUGAUGCUGCCUCCCAUGUUUCUGGCACUGACACAGUUCCUGCUUCACCGUGA